AGGUCAAGGUGGGAGGUAGCGGGCUUGCACUCACUCGGUUGCGGUGGCGAUGCUGUGGACGCUGGCCAGAGCGUUGGCUUUUCGGAGACCCGGCCGAAGCCGGGCCGGCGGGAGGGGGCUGUGGACCGGCCGCCUGCAGUCAGAUACUGAUAGUAUGAAGCCACUGGAGGGUGUGAGAAUUCUGGAUCUAACAAGAGUACUGGCAGGACCUUUUGCCACGAUGAAUUUAGGCGACCUUGGAGCAGAAGUUAUAAAGGUGGAAAGACCAGGAGCAGGUGAUGACACACGAACUUGGGGACCUCCUUUUGUGGACACAGAAAGUACAUAUUUUCUCAGUGUUAAUCGAAAUAAAAAAAGUAUAGCUGUUAAUAUCAAGGAUCCGAGAGGGGUGAGAAUCGUCAAGGAGCUUGCAGCCAUUAGUGAUGUGUUUGUGGAAAACUAUGUCCCUGGCAAACUUGCUGAGAUGGGCCUAGGGUAUGAAGAUGUAGACAAGAUUGCUCCUCACAUCAUCUACUGUUCCAUCACAGGGUAUGGCCAGACAGGGCCCUUGUCUCAGAGAGCAGGUUACGAUGCUAUCGCCUCUGCUAUGUCUGGUCUGAUGCACAUUACAGGGCCCGAGAAUGGAGAGCCUGUUCGUCCAGGAGUGGCCAUGACUGACCUUGCCACUGGCCUGUUUGCCUAUGGAGCCAUUAUGGCUGGCCUCAUACGACGUUACAGAACUGGAAAAGGACUGUUCAUUGAUUGUAAUCUACUCUCAUCUCAGGUGGCAUGUUUGACCCAAGUAGCUGCUAAUUAUCUUAUUGGUCAAAAGGAAGCAAAACGCUGGGGCACAGCUCAUGGCAGCAUUGUUCCUUAUCAGGCUUUUAAAACCAAGGACGGCUACCUUGUAAUUGGAGCAGGAAGUAACCAACAGUUUGCUGUUGUAUGCAAGGUCUUGAAUUUGCCUGAGUUGAUUGAUGAUUCCAAGUAUAAAACGAACCAUCUUCGGGUGCAGAAUAGAAAGGAGCUUAUUAAAAUCCUAUCUGCAAGGUUUGCAGAAGAAGUAACCGCCAAGUGGCUUUGUCUCUUUGAAGGAAGUGGGAUCCCAUACGGCCCAAUCAACAGUAUGAAGGAUGUGUUCUCCGAAGCUCAGGCCAAGAUUGUGCAGUACAUUAAAGGAAUUCUUAAAACAUUUCAACAGCUUACUAGAUGACCUCAGCAUGGUCCUAUGAACAUGCCCUUGGGAACAUGUGCAUAAUUUGCAUUGUGGUUUGCGGGUUUCCAAUUCAAACAAACUUAAAAGAAAAUGCAGCUUUUAAUAGAAACUAUUCAAAUUCUUGCAAAACUAGGUAUGGAUUCUACUACAGAGAGGGUUUUAAAGCACUGUUAUCUACACUGAGCAUCAAGGAGCACUCUAGCCUGCCUCACGAUUGUCCUGCAGACUGUUUCUGCUCAUUCUUGAGUAUCAUCAUCUUAUAUUGAACUGUUUAGUUAAAAACUAUGAAUGAUUACAGCACCCAUGUUUUUCUUUGUCCUUGAUUUUAUGACCUGAGGGUGGGGAAGAAGGGCAAAGGGUGUCACAAAUGGGUGUUAUUUACCAUAGUUUUCCAUUUGUACCACACAAGUUGAAUAUGUCAGGUGUAAGACAUCACCAGGAAGCAUCACUUCUGAGAAAUAUUGUGAGGGAAACACCAGGAUUAUUGAAAUAUCACAGCUGGCUCUGAUAUUAACUGGUGCCAAACACCUGCAGCUCUACCAGGAACCAAAACAAAGCCCCACCCUGUGGCGGCAGGCCACCUCUUAACAGCCGUCUCUAACUUCGCAUCUCAUCAAACUUAAUUUUAACAUUUCCUACAGAAAUCUUAUUCUUCUUGCCCCAGAAGGCCAUUACAACUCCUUUCGUAAAUAUUUCAUAUGGGAUAAAUGUAUCAUAGAAACAAAGUGAAGUAUUGAAAUACUUGAUGGCUGAAAACUGUUGUUUUCAUCUCAUCAGUUGUGAAAGUCUAUGAAGUUAGUGGUUUUAUUAAUCUCAAAGCUAGCUCAUGUUCUCUAAGUGAUUUUAUUUUAGCACAUUUUGGCAAAAUUUCUGGGCAACUCGGGGAAAAAGCCUUCAAUAUUCAUAUAGUAAUCACCAGAGGAACUGCAUGGCUACCUUUCACACACACACACACACACACACACACAUACACACACACACACACACACUACGGAUAAUAAAUAUCUUUGACUAAUUUUAUUCUUUAGUGGAGUUACUUGGGCUUCAGGGAGUUAUACAAGGCUUAUAUCAUUGUCUAAUACUGUAGAGAAAUACCUGAACUCUGUCUAUGAAAUGUAAUUUCUGUAACAAGAAGCCUGUUGAUGAAGGUCUGAGUAAAAUAGUUUGUCUGGAAAUAGUUCUGUGGGUAGUUUGAAUGUAAUUGGCCCCCAUAUUAUCAUACGGUGUGGUACUAUUAGAAUGUGUGGCCUUGUUGGAGUGGGUGUGGCCUUGUUGGAGGAAGUGUGUCACUAGGGGUGGGCUUUGAGGUUUCCUCUGCUCAGAAUACACCCAAUAUCUCAGUCAACAUACUGUUGCCUGGAAGAUGUAGUACUCUCAACUAUCGCUCUAGUACCUGCACAUGCCAUGCUCCACACCAUGAUGAUACUUGACUGAACCUCUGAAACUUGUAAAUCUGCCCCUCAGUUAAAUGUUUUCUUACAAGAGUUGCCAUGGUCAUGAUGUCUCUUCACAGCAAUAAAAACUC